UAAAUGCAGUCAAUUUGGUUUACUGGAAACAGAUUAGUUAUUAGUUUUAUUUGUAUUUAUUUAUAGAUUUUUUUUAAUGCGACAGAAAAGUCGUUCGUGUAUGUGACUCUCUCUCUCUCUCUCUCUCUCUCUCUCGCUCUCUCUCUCUCUCUCUCUGUGUGUGUGUGUGCGUGCGUGUGUGUGUGUGUGUGUGUGUGUGUUUGCGUGCGUCGGCGAGUGUCUCCGGUACCAGAGAGAGACAGAGAGAGAGAGAGAGAGAGAGAGAGAAAAGAAGGUGGAUGUUGAUUUGCAUGAAUCAUGAGAUCCCGCAGAAACGGAAUCUAGGAUUAUUAUCUCCAAACCUUGGAUAAUUUAAUCCAGCAUAGUGUAGGCUAAAGCAGGAUGAAUUAUAAAAUAAUCGAUGAAUGUUAAAUGGAAAUAUUUUGAACUGCUAAGAGUAUUUUGCUCUCACGAUCAGCGUUUUUUUUUUCUUUCUCCCCCGCCAAGAUGCAUGGGGCAUCAUCAGAUUUCCAUACAGACACGCACACACACAUGCAUGCUGAAGGUUUGGGUCUAUUUAAUCCGAAUUAAACUCGUUAACCGGUGUUAGAAAACAGGAAAACAGGAGUGAUCGGAUAUGCGGGAUGACACCACAGUCUGCAGCGGCACUACUGUGAACGGCGCCAUUCAAUUCGAUGAAAAUGCAUGUCUGGAUACUGACACUAAUCUUGCUGCUUGCCGCUUCUCUGAGCCUGGUUGAGAUGUAUGACAAUUAUGGGGAGAUCUGUAGGAAUUUGUGCACUUGUGAAGAAAAAGAGGGCAUCCUGACGGUCAGCUGCGAGAACCGUGGCAUCGUAAGACUGUCAGAAAUCAGCCCGGUUCAUUUCUCCACGUAUCACCUUCUACUGACUGGGAACCUGCUGAAAAAAUUGUCAGUCAAUGACUUCAUCAACUACACUGGAGUCACCAUUUUGCAUUUAGGCAACAACGACAUAUCUGAAGUGGAGACUGGGGCUUUUAAUGGACUCCAGGGAUUAAGGAGGUUGCACCUGAACAACAACAAAAUAGAUGUUCUUAGGGAUGAUACGUUCACUGGAUUAGAAAACCUGGAAUACCUUCAGAUUGAUUAUAAUUUUAUUAGUAUUAUUGAACCCAGUGCUCUCAGCAGGCUCCACCGUCUGACUGUGCUAAUUUUGAAUGACAACCUCUUGUCAUCGCUGCCUACCAACAUUUUCCGAAAUGUGCCCUUGACCCACUUGGAUCUCAGGGGCAACCGCUUGAAAAUGUUCCCUUACAUUGGCCUUUUGGAGCACAUGGAUAAAGUGGUGGAAUUACAGCUAGAGGAGAAUCCAUGGAAUUGUUCUUGUGAACUUAUCGCAUUAAAAGCGUGGCUAGAAAGCAUUGCCUACACGGCACUAGUUGGCGAGGUGGUCUGUGAGACUCCAUUUCGGCUCCAUGGCCGCGAUCUCGAUGAGGUCUCCAAGCAGGAGCUGUGUCCUCGGAGGGCAAUUUCAGAAUAUGAGAUGCGCCCACCGCCACCUCUCAGCACGAAUGGAUAUUUCCAGACGACGCCGGCAGCAGUGACUUCCUCAGCCACAUCCUCAGCAGUGCUGAGGUCCUCAUCCCGGCCUACCAAGGGCACUCGGCAAUCCAACAAGACCAGGUCCAAGCCCACUUCUCGCAUCCCAGGCAAUCCCUACAACUAUGGGCCAAUCAUAGCUUUUCAGACCAAAUCUCCCGUGCCUUUGGAUUGCCCCACGGCAUGCACGUGCAACCUUCAGAUCUCUGAUCUUGGGCUCAAUGUCAAUUGCCAGGAACGGAAAAUCGAGAGUAUAUCAGAUCUAAAACCCAAGCCGUAUAAUCCCAAAAAGAUGUACCUCACUGGGAAUUACAUCCCUGCUGUGCGCCGAUCGGAUUUCGUUGAGGCAGAAGGAUUGGAUUUGUUGCACUUGGGAAACAAUCGGAUAGCGCUUAUACAUGACAGGGCGUUUGGGGAUUUAAUUAACCUGCGCAGGUUGUACUUGAAUGGCAAUUUGAUUGACAGGCUCACUUCAGACAUGUUCUUUGGGCUCCAGAACCUGCAGUACUUGUAUUUAGAGUACAACAAGAUCAAGGAGGUUGUUGCAGGUACCUUCCGCUUCGUGCCGAACCUUCAGCUGCUUUUCCUAAACAACAAUCUUCUAAAAACCUUGCCAGGAGGCAUCUUUUCUAGUAUGUCACUCUCAAGGCUCAAUCUACGCAACAACCACUUUCAAAACUUGCCUGUGAGUGGUGUUCUAGAUCAACUCAAGGCUUUGGUGCAAGUGGAUCUCUUUGAAAACCCUUGGGAUUGCACAUGCGAUGUGGUAGGCAUGAAAAUAUGGCUGGAGCAGCUUAACUCUGGCACUGUGGUUAAUGACGUCAUAUGUGCAACUCCAAAGAGACUUGCAGGGCAAGACAUGCGCAGCAUCCUUUCUGAACAAUUGUGUCCUGAUUAUUCGGAUAUUGUUGUAUCUACGGGAAUUCCUUCUGAAGCGACCUUGGAAGGGAAGGUGAUCACCACAGAGACUCCCUUGAGGUUCAACACUCCUUCAAGCACUGUCCCAUUGUCAGUCCUCAUCCUUAGCCUCCUCUUGGUAUUCAUAAUGUCUGUUUUCGUGGCUGCUGGGCUAUUCGUGGUGGUCAUGAAGCGUAGAAAAAAGUCCCAAAGUGACCGCACCAGCACCAACAACUCGGAUGUAAGCUCCUUUAACCUUCAGUACAGUCUUUAUAGCAAUCGUUCGGUCCCCAAAGUCAAACCCCCAGCAGGUCAUGUCUAUGAAUACAUCCCCCAUCCUCUUGGGCACAUGUGCAAAAACCCCAUUUAUAGAUCCAGAGAAGGUACCGCUGUGGAGGAUUAUCCUGAUCUGCAUGAACUCAAGGUUAGCUACAGAAACACCAAUGAGGAAGAGCGGGAUCCUACUUCGAGAAGCCCUACGUACACCAUUAGCACCAUUGAACCUCAGGAGGAGCCUUCGACUGCUCAGGAUGCCGAGCAUUUCUUCCGAGGGAUAUUAGAGCCGGAUAAAACUCCGAAUAGUGCCGGAAAUAGGUACGAUUACAAGUACCCCAGUCCUGGAUCUUACACGUACAACCCAAAUUUCGACGUACGGCGGCAAUUCUUGCAUCCUGAGGGAAUUAGAGAAACUAUGCUCUAUAGCACAGCUCCAAGUACUGUCUAUGUGGAGCCAAACAGGAAUGAAUAUUUGGAACUAAAGGCAAAACUCCAAAUGGAGCCAGAUUACCUCGAAGUUCUUGAGAAACAGACAACAUUUAGCCAGUUUUAAACCUUGUCUAUGAACAUGCAUACUGUUAGAGAU